UCCGCGUCCGAGAUGUCUGUAUGUGCCCCAGUCAUGGCGCUGCUAUGAGGAGACAAGCGUAAACAUAGGAUUUUAGUAUUUUAGCUGAGGAAAAGAGGGAAAUCACGCGAUUAUUUUAUGGGAAUGUGUGCUUUCGGCGAGACGGGGGUCGAAGUAUAGGCUACUUACAAUUAUGUUAUUAGAUUGAAAAAACGAGAGGAUUGGUGCGCUACGUAGCCUAGUUGCUGUAAAGUUACGUUUGUGGACUGUGUAUUUUAUUAUAACGGUGCCUUUUGCGGGGGACUAAGCGGAACAGUGCAAUGUGGAGUUUCGAAGUAGGGACCCUGACAUCGUGGGAUUGAUUUGUUUGAACUGAUUUAAUUAUCUUACCUAUUGAACACUCAUGUAACUCGGCGAACAUGCCAGGAAAAACCAAGUAUAAUUUAGUCGAUGAUGACCACGAUUUAAGGAUUCCAAUGCAUAACGAGGAAGCCUUUCAACAUGGGGUCAAUUUCGAAGCUAAGUACAUUGGUAGUCUGGAUGUGGCGCGACCGAAUAGCCGAGUUGAGAUUGUGGCAGCGAUGAGGAGGAUAAGGUAUGAAUUCAAAGUGAAGAACAUCAAGAAGAAAAAAGUAAACAUAAUCGUCUCUGUGGACGGCGUCAAGGUGGCCUUGAGGAAGAGAAAAAAAAAAAAGGAGUGGACUUGGGACGAGAGUAAAAUGAUGGUGAUGCAGGACCCGAUUUACAGGAUAUUCUAUGUUUCACAUGACUCGCAGGACUUGAAGAUCUUCAGUUACAUCGCGAGGGAUGGGCAGAGCAAUGUAUUCCGCUGCAAUGUCUUCAAAUCAAAAAAGAAGAGCCAGGCCAUGCGGAUUGUGCGAACAGUAGGCCAGGCCUUCGAGGUGUGUCACAAACUGAGCCUCCAGCACACUCAGCAGAACGCUGACGGACAGGAAGACGGAGACAGCGAGAAAGCCAGCCCCGACUCCGGGCCAGCCCGGCAGUUAACAGGUGCGGAGAAAAAGGCGGCUGAAGAGACAGAUAUCGACGCGGAGGAAGUGCCUCUGCCAGACAGCACAGUAGACGAGUUCAACCGGGGAGUCACUGACCUGGAUGCAGCCAAAGAGGAGGAGGAUAUUGACGAAGAUGAGAAGGUUUCAGGUGAUGUUAUCCUGGCGGGGACGCCCAAAAUGCUCCUGCCUUCGUCCAGCCGGCUGAGCGCGGGCACCCCGCUGUCCCUCCACCACCAGAUCCAGCUCCUCCAGCAGCAGCUCCAGCAGCAGCUACAGCAGACCCAGGUGGCUGUGGCCCAGGUUCAGCUGCUGAAAGACCAGCUCUCGGCAGAGGCAGCAGCGCGGUUGGAGGCCCAGGCUCGGGUACACCAGCUCCUGCUGCAGAAUAAGGACCUCCUGCAGCACAUCUCUCUCCUGGUCAAACAGGUCCAGGACCUAGAGCUCAAGUUCUGUGGACACGGCUCCAUGGGUUCCCAAGACAGCCUGCUGGAGAUCACGUUUCGCACCAACGUGCCUCCAGUGCUCUGUGACCCCCACACUCCCCACCCCGAGGACGCCGGACUGCCUCACUUCUCCAACGGGACCGCGCUCCACCUGCCCCUGGGCAGCUCGCUAGGUAGGGACGGCUGCUUGGUCAAGCUCGAGUGUUUCCGCUUCCUCCCGCCCCUGCCGCCCCCCGAAGAGGAGGAGGGGGAGGAGGGGCUGGGGGGUGGCCAGGGGCAGACGGGGAGUCAGCGCGUCGACCCCCUGCCGUCCCAGGAUGAGGUCUUGGGCAGCCUGGAGCUCCUGAAGUUCAGGGAGUCGGGCAUCGCCUCGGAGUACGAGUCCAACACGGACGAGAGCGACGACCGCGACAGCUGGGGAGACAGCAGCGGCCUGCGGCUCUUCAACGUCCUCGACAAACAGGCGCCGCCCGACUGCCUGGGCGACGAAAUCGCCGUGUAGCCCCCCGCCCCCCUUCCCCGCGCGCAACCCUCUUUCGCCCCGCCAAGUCGCGUCCUAGCUCCCGUCCAUUUCAAGCAAGUGGUCAUAGUCCUGCCCAAGCUGUCCUUCUCCGUCUUAGCCUUGGCCCUCUAACUCGCCAAACAUUAGGAAUCGGCGAGGAGCCCCCUGAGGUCUUGGUGUGGUUUAAUCAGUCUGAAGCUGAUUUUUCGGGAAGGUUUUUCGGGAGGUUUAUGGGUCAGAGCUUAGUGCUAAACCACUGGCUCGGGUGACGACGAUCUUAUGUCACGGUCGAGUACGUCCAAUUGUGUAAAAAAUGUAUAGAAAUGAGAUUGAACUAUUAAUAGACUAAUGAACUGAUGGGAACAAGACUGUCCAUUUCCCACCUCCACAAAGCCCUUUGUCUACAUGCUUUACCAGGAGAAACCAGGAGUGAAAGAAAAACGUUGCAAAAGAGUAACUUUCAGUUUGGCCUCUACUCAUUAUCCGGCCCUAAGAAAAAAGUAUGCAAUCGUCUCAAGCUUUGUUUUAUUUUCCUGUGGAUAAACAUCAAUUUGGUGCAUACGUCUGCUGUUAAUCAUAAACCGUUUUUAAACAGGCGUGCUAGUGAACCCUUCUCGGGUAAUUUCUUUCCACUUUGAAAGGGCCGUUAAUUUGAAGCUGUUACCUGGUUUCUUUGUUUUUGGAGUAGGUACAGUACGCUCCAGAUGUCAGCCUCUUUGUUUGUUCUGUGGUGCUCUGCUUUUGAAAUGCACAGCUGUGUGGGUAACAACCCCUGUAAUGAGACAACAGCUGGAAUACAGUCAUUUUCACUGCCUCACUGUGGAGGGAUGAUGUUUAUUUAAACUUGGACUAAAGGAAAUAAAAGUUAUUCUAAUUA